AUGAAAGAAUGCAGAGAAUCUGCAAUGUGGUGGCAGUGCCCAGUAUAUAGGAGAAUCAGUGGUUACCCAGAAGUGAUAGAGGAAACGAUAAUAACUUUGUUAAAAAGUGAGUACCUGACUCGGAGCCYGCGGGGCCCUGAGGACCCAGAGGAUGCAGAUUCCUCCCAGCAGGAGGUGAUGGAGAGGGCCAGAGAGGACCUAGAAGAGUUUGAGUGCCAGGAACUGAUCAAGUGUCAGAUGCAGUUGGGGGCCUCUGAGGAAGAGGAGGGGGAGGGGGAGGAGGAGGAAGAAGAGGUGGAGGACGAGGGCCUGGUGGCGGAGGCCAAGGCAGUGGCUGCUGGCUGGAUUUCCUCUGCCUCUCUCAUUGAGGCCUUCCUCAACGGCCCCUGGGAGGACUUCCACUGAACCCAAGAUAGCGCCGAAGCCAGAAUUCAUGGAUUAUCCAGUCUUAUAAUUUAUCAAUUGAAAACUAUAUACAUAGGUCAGUUUUUGACAAGAAUUGCAGAAGGAAAAUCCCUUGAUGCACAGUUUGAAAAUGAUGAACGAAUUAUACCCUUGGAAUCAACCCUGAUGACUUGGGCUUGAGUUGAAAAAGAACAUGACAAACUUCAUGAAGAAAUAGAGAAUUUAAUUAAAAUUCAGGCUAUAGCUGUUUGUAUGGAAAAUGGCAGUUUUAAGGAAGCARAAGAAGUCUUUGAAAGAAUAUUUGGUGACACAAAUUCUCACACACCUUUAGAAAGGAAAUUAACACACACCAAGCCUGGAGCUGCUGAAUUCAGGCUCCCGUUCGCCUUCAUCUUGCAGACAAACCGCUGUGACUCAGCACUAAACGAUCCCAAUCCCGAUGAAACAGCUUGUCGGCUUUUCCUGAUCCUGCGGAGGGAACGAACUGUCGCCAUUCGCAUGGGAUAUCACCAUGGCAGAGAACUGAAGUCACCAGAAUGCGGCAGAGGAGGUAACUUCAUUGAAACCAGCGGUGGCAGGUGUGUAACCCCCUUGGCCCCCCCCUCCACACAGCGGGGAAACCUCACGGGCCUCUCCCAGCUCUCCCGUGAGCGCGAUAGUCAGACCAAGGGAACAGCGGCGCGGGACCGCAGUGCGGCUACUGCUCCCACCAGCACUGACAACUGA